AGACUCUUUAAUCAAUUUUUAAAUUAUGGAAGGUCUGAAGAUUACUAUUAAAGGCUGGCAAGACGGGGAGCGGUUCGCGCGAAGUCUGCAACCUGACGAGCCCACGGAUCGAUGGACCUUGCAUGCAGCUGAGGAGUUGACACUGGAAUUUGAUGAGGGAAAGACGGUUACUAUACAGCAGGAGCCCAAAAAGAUCAAUGCGACGCGCAUAGGCGUGGGGGCGGUGUGCUGGGAGGGCGAGCUCUUCCUCGCCACCUACCUAGCCUCACUGCCUGCGUACCGAUACAUCGGCGCUCGGGUGGUGGAGCUGGGCGCGGGACCGGGGCUGGUCGGCAUCAUGUUGGCCAAGAUGGGAGCCAAGGUGCACGUGACGGACAUCGCCAAGGUGCUUCCCAUCGUGGAGGGCAACCUCACAUCCAACGGCGUGUCGCUGGCGCAGCGGCGCGGCGCGGCGGAGGGCUAUGCCGUGGCCGAGGAGCUGGAGUGGGGGGCGCCGGGCUACGAGGCCGCUGUGGCGCGGCUGGCUAGCGACCCGGUGGACUGGGUGGUGGCGGCGGACUGCUGCUACAUCGACCAGGAGGGCACCAGCCCCAGCACGCCGCACUUCGUCAACACCUGCGCGCUGCUGUGCGGGCCAACGACAAGAUGCCUGGUGUGCUUCGAGCUCCGCUCGUCAGAGGUACAACGGGUGUUUGUGGAGGAGUCCAAAAAGGCGUUCGCAAAGGUGGAGCGGCUGCCGCCCCACAGCCUGCCCAAGCCCUGCCAGGUGGAGCACAUUCUGCUGUACGAGCUCAGCGGCGUGCUGGCGGGCCGGCCGCGGCCGCCGCCGGUGUGAGCGGCGGGUUGCAGGGGGGGGCAUGGGGUU